AUGGGAACCGGGCUCGGCGUCGUUGGCCUACAGUUUUCCGGGCAGAUUUCGCUUGAAAAAGUCCAGCAAGCAGCGAAGGAGCUUGGGUCGAAAUUUCCUCUUCUGCUUGCCCGAGUCGUCGGGCAGGGUAAAGCCGGCGGUCCGCUAGAACUACACUUGUGCCGUGACCCGAAACCAAUCACUGUAGCUACCCGGAGCAUUGAUGACGUGGCAGCUUGGGAGGCUGCUGCGCCAUUGGACAACGACCCUAGCAGUCUCGAGCUCAAGGAAGAUUCUGACGUGGCAAAGAAAGACCAAGGGAGUGACGUGUAUGCGGAUGCGAGAGCACCAGCUGAUAGCGGUAAAGGAGAAGGUUCCACGUCAGCAGCGGAAGCCGUUUUUGAGAAGUUUUCUGCAGCAAACGUGGCGGACGAGAGAGGAGAGGAGCACGAUGAGGAGGAGGAUGCUUUCGAGGAUGCAGAGGAUGGUGACGGUGACGGUGACGGUGGUGAUGGUGAUGGUGAUGGUGGUGAUGGUGAUGGUGAUGGUGAUGGUGGUGAUGGUGAUGGUGGUGGUGGUGGUGGUAAUGGUGAUAAUGGAGGCGGUGAGUUUCUAGAAGCUAGUGCAACAGAAGGCAGUGGUGGAAUCAAGGUGACCGGUAAAUUUAAGGGCGUGGAGAAAGCGGAGGAUCUGCACAGGAUAGUGGAGAUGGAGUUGAACCAGCCAAUUACAGCAGCGCAUGGCAAAGCACCAGCAGACGCCCUGCAGAUCCACGUGUACCAUCUCCCACGUGCCACCUGUCUGGCCCUCCGCUGCCAUCGAGCUGUGCUGGACCGCCCAGCUGUGCGCCAGCUGGCAAUGGCUUUGGUUUCCGCCCUGCACCGCUCGCAACCAGCCGUCACCGCUGACUCCCCAGAGCACUCAGAAGCCGUCUCUCUCCCGCCUCCCCUCUCCUCGCUCACUCCCAAGCCUCCUGAAACCCGUUCCUACCUCACCAAGAGCCUCUCUCAGGCCUACGACGCAUUGGGCUAUGUGCGCAACGCCAUGGCCUCCUCACACGCGCCCUUUCAGCCUGGCCGUGCUGACUUCAGAACGAACCGGUUCCGCUCCUCCUUUGCCUGCCUGCGCUUCAGCAAGCAAGAGACUGAGAGACUCCUCGCCGCCCUCGCCUCUCGCUCCUGCUCGCUCUUCAGCCUCGAGUGUGCGGCCGCACUCAAAGCCGUGGCAGAUGCCAAGCAGCUGGGCAGCCGCACAGAAACGUUCAAUGUCACCAGCAUCAUGAACUGCAGGCCACUGCUGGACCCGCCGCUAGCGCCCGACGCCAUGGGGGUGUUCACCUCGGGAUUGCCGCUCAAGCAGCCGGCCAAUCAGGAUCUGCCGCUUUGGGACGUGGCUCGUACUGUAGAUGCUGAUCUGGCAGCUUCCGUCGGGCAGAAGAAACAAUUUACCGACAUGCCCGUGCUGGAACUGCUCUUCUCUACGGCCAUGAGAACGCCGACGUUUUCCCCCGAGUGCUCCCUGCGCACCUCCUUCAUGUCCGCCAUCACCGAGUCGCCCUUCCCCAUGGACUGGCCGGCCAAUGAGGAGGAGGGACAUGCAGAUGGGGCUAGUGGAGGAGGAGAUGAGGGUUUGGUGCCUCAGCUGGAGGGGUUUGUGGGGCCGAUCUUCGCAACGCAUGGCGUCGGCCCAAGCAUAUCUGUCGGGGAUGCGAUAUGUGAUGGCGAACUCCACGUCUACAUCAAUUUUGUGUCUCCUUUGUUUUCACUAGACUUUAUUGCUGGGUUUCACAAUGCUGGACCUGUCCAACCCAUCAUCCGUUUCUGCUCGCCACGCCAGCAUCGCCCCUCUCGCCCACCCCUGGGUUUCCCAUUCUGGUCCCUGAAGAACCGCAACGAACCGCUAGUGUGGUCAGCCAUGGCUUCCAUUGCUGCUGCCUCUGCGUCGUUGUCGUCGCUGCAGAUUGCCAGCAAGGCGACCGUUAGGGCUAGGAGCAUUGCGACUGAGCUGUCGUGCGCGCGGGGGUUCGGGUGCGAGAGUGUACACGUUUCCGCAUGCGGCUCCGAGUUUGCGCGUGGCGAUGCUCUGCUCGGCGGCUGCGCACAGGAGAUCGAGCAAAACAGCAGCGUUGUAGUCAUGGCAGUGCCAAAGAAAGGGACUUCCCGGACAAAGACCAAGAUCCGCCGGGCUGUGUGGAAGGCUCAGGCUCGGGGCGAGGCUCUUAAGGCUCUGUCCCUUGCCAAGUCAGUGCUUACAGGCCGCUCUAAGAGCUUCAUCUAUGUGCAAAACGAGAAGAAGAGUGCUGAUGAGGAGGGCACCGAUGAGGCUGCCUCUGAGAAGAACCGCAAAAAGCGCGGCCACGUCAGCGCCGGCCAUGGCCGUAUCGGCAAGCACAGAAAGCAUCCCGGCGGUCGCGGUAACGCGGGAGGCAUGCACCACCACAGGAUCAUGAUGGACAAGUACCAUCCGGGUUACUUCGGUAAAGUCGGUAUGCGUUACUUCCACAAGUCCAUGAACAAGUUCCACUGCCCACACAUCAACCUUAACGAGCUCUGGUCGCUCAUUCCCGCCGAUGUUAAGGAGAAGGCCAGCGGCGCCGGAUCCGCUCCCGUGCUCGACGUGACCAAGUUCGGGUUCUUCAAGGUGCUUGGCGCCGGCGAGCUGCCACCGCAGCCGUUGAUUUUGACGGCUAGGCGUCAGGCGGUUUUCUGUCGGCAGCUGAUUUUGGCAGGCAGCGGCUAG